ACUGUGCUAGCCUUGUAUGGAUGACAGAGUGAAUGGGCUCAAAUAAUCCAGAAGGCCCUGCCUCUUUUGCACACAAUGAAAUAAAUCCUGUCCCUCCUACAAGGCGUGGAAUUGCGUCUCCUUUCCAAAAGUGGAGAGGGGUUUUGAGCAUCACCGAUGGCCCUGCUAAAAUUGUGUGAGUAACGGUCGACGUUCGGACUCGAUUUGGAUGAAGCGGUUGGCGGAAACUGAAAGACAUGAUGAAGACAUGACUGGACCAGCGGACACAGACAGGCGACCUUACUGAAAAACACCAGCCGCCUCUUCCAGAAUAACGCUGUAAUAACACAGAGUUUCAUACAGCAAAGCUGCGACAGUGAUUGACACUUAACACUUGAUCAGGUGCUACAUUAGGACAGUUAUGCCACCUCCAGCUGAUAUUGUGAAGGUGGCAAUUGAGUGGCCUGGUGCUAAUGCACAGCUUAUCGAAAUGGACCAGAAACGGCCUUUGUCUUCAAUAAUACGGGAAGUAUGUGAUGGCUGGUCUUUGUCUGGCUCGGAGCAGUUUGCACUGCGUUAUGCUGAUGGCCCUCAGCUUUAUAUCACUGAACAGAGCCGUUGUGAAAUUAAGAAUGGGACCAUCCUUCGCUUAGCCAUUUCUCCUGCUCGUGCUGCUCGUCAGCUCCUGGAGAGGAUACAGUCUCACAGUAUUGAUGCUCGGCUGGAGGCUCUCAAAGAGCUUGCCAAGCUGUCAGCAGAUCCAACCUUUGCUGCAGAGUUCAUCAACAUGGAGGGAAUUGGCACACUGGCUCGUCUUGUAGAGAGCGGCACCCACUUUGGUGAAAUGCUGGCCUUUACUCUCACUGCCUUCUUGGAGCUAAUGGAUCAUGGCAUUGUGUCCUGGGACCUUAUUUCUCUUUCAUUCAUCAAACAGAUUGCAGGUUACGUGAACCAGCCAAUGGUGGAUGUGUCCAUUCUGCAGCGCUCCCUGGCCAUUCUGGAGAGCAUGGUCCUGAACAGCCACAAUCUUUACCACCGAGUGUCUCAGGAAAUCACCGUGGGACAACUCAUCGGACACCUGCAAGUGUCAAACCAGGAGAUCCAAACAUACGCCAUCGCCCUCAUCAAUGCUCUUUUCUUGAAGGCACCAGAGGACAGACGGCAGGAGGAGCAUACUAACCCACUGGAGCAGCAUCUCACAGAAAUGGCAAGCACUUUGGCUCAGAAACAUCUGCGAUCCAUCAUCCUCAAUCAUGUUAUUCGAGGUAAUCGACCAAUCAAAGCAGAAAUGGCACAUCAGCUAUAUGUGCUGCAGGUGUUGACAUUUAACCUUUUAGAAGAACGUAUGAUGACCAAAAUGGAUCCUAGUGACCAGGCUCAGAGAGACAAAAUUUUUGACCUGCGAAGGAUUGCCUUUGAUGGUGAAAAUGAUCCCACUGGUACUGAAAAGAGAAAGGCCAUGUACACUAAGGACUACAAAAUGCUCGGCUUCACUAACCAUGUGAACCCAGCCAUGGAUUUCACUCAGACUCCACCAGGGAUACUGGCUCUGGAUAACAUGCUGUAUCUGGCUGAGGUUCACAGAGAUACGUACAUCAGGAUUGUCCUGGAAAACAGUAGCCGUGAGGAUAAGCAUGAAUGUCCGUUUGGCCGCUGUGCCAUCGAGCUCACUCGAAUGUUGUGUGAGAUACUUCAGGUUGGAGAAUUGCCUAAUGAGGGCUGCAAUGACUACCAUCCCAUGUUCUUCACCCAUGACAAGGCGUGGGAGGAGUUCUUCUGCAUCUGCAUCCAGUUACUUAACAAAACGUGGAAGGAGAUGAGGGCCACAGCUGAGGAUUUCAAUAAGGUGAUGCAGGUGGUCCGUGAGCAGAUCACCAGAUCACUGGCCAUGAAGCCAUCAUCUUUGGACCAGCUGAAGAGCAAAUUGCGAGGCCUCAACUAUUCAGAGAUUCUUCGUCUGCGGCAGUCAGAAAGGAUGAGCCAGGAUGACUUUCAGUCUCCACCUAUUAUUGAGUUACGGGAGAGGAUUCAGCCUGAGAUCCUGGAGCUCAUCAAGCAGCAGCGUCUCAACCGGCUAUGUGAGGGAAGCUGCUUCCGUAAACUGGGAAACCGCCGAAGGCAAGAGAAGUUCUGGUUCUGUAGACUCUCUCUGAAUCACAAAGUGCUGCACUACGGAGACUUGGAUGAGUCGCCUCAGGGUGAAGUGCCAUUUGAGCUACUGAGCGACAAGAUCCCUGUGUCAGAUAUCAAGUCUGUGGUGACAGGAAAGGACUGCCCUCAUAUGAAAGAGAAAAGUGCACUGAAACAAAACAAGGAGGUACUGGAGUUGGCAUUCUCUGUCCUCUAUGACCCAGAUGAGACACUCAAUUUUGUUGCGCCUAACAAAUAUGAGUAUUGCAUCUGGACUGAUGGUCUGUGUGCGCUGCUGGGCAGAGAAAUGGGCAGUGACCUGACACGUAGCGACCUAGAUACUCUCAUCAGCAUGGAAAUGAAACUCCGCCUACUUGACCUUGAGAACAUCACUAUACCAGAAGCCCCGCCCCCUGUGCCAAAGGAGCCAAGCUCGUACAACUUCACUUAUAACUACAGUUGAGAUGCCGAGUGUGUUUGCUGUGCAUGUGUGUGUUUAUUAGUAUUUGAUCUUUGAAGGGAUUUAACUAAGUUUGUGAUUCUGUAUGAUUUGUCAAAAGGAGAAACGUAUUCAUAGCUUUACAUGGAGGGCCAAGGUUCUGCUACAAAACAGUAUCUCUCGAGCUGUUUAGGAUUCAGCGUAUGAAUGUUUAGUAAUACAGGGUGAUUUGGAUUCAGUGACUUGGGCCAAAUAUGGAAAUGAAAUUACAAAAUUUCAAACUAGUGUCUACUUGAGGAACCAUUGCUGAAACCAUUAGUCAAUUACCAGAAAUAUAAUUGGCAACUUUUAAA